CAGCGGGAGGGAGGGACAGGAAGGCGUGGCUCGGCUGUCUGCGGCGUUAUAAGGCGGUGGUGGUGAAGGCGUAGCACCAUUCCCGCCCUUGCCGCCCUCUCACCUCCGCCCUCGCCGCCCUCACACCACCGCUACCGCCAACACCAUGAAGUGCUUCGUGCUUGCUCUGCUCGGCCUGGUCGCCCUGGUCGCCGCACGCCCCGAAAAUGUGUUCGACCUGGACUUGGACGACAUCCACCAGGACAUGGACAUCUCUGACGACACCACCAUCACCGGCACCUACCGCUGGAGGUCCCCCGAGGGCGACGAGUACUUCGUGCGCUACAUCGCCGACGAGGACGGCUACCGCGUGUUGGAGUCCAACGCCGUGCCCGUCACCGCCGACGGCACGCCCGCCAACGGCGCCCAGGGAGCCUUCUCCUCCGAGGAGGACGACGACAGCCGAUUUGAUUAAGUUCCUCAACGACCAGACCGACCACCACGCUCGACGACCUCUCCAAUCACACGGCCCGCAGGAACCAGACUGUCUCCACGCGCCGCCGCCGCGCCUGUGCCUGCAGCCUUCCUCUCCCCUGAGGCAUGACGCGCGGCACAGCAUCCUGGCGCCUCGACGACCAGCAGGCCGCGGUGCCACAUCCUCCCGCUAUUGUUUUUUCUUCCUCUUACUGUCUUCUUCAGUAUUUUUAGGAAAUAUACUUUCCGAAAACCAA